GCGGCCCGGAGCGGGCGCUGGGGCCGCGGCUGCGGGAUGGGGGCGGGCGGCGGCGCGGGCUGCUGAGCGGCGCGGAGCGGAGCGCAGCCCCCCUGCCGCCUCCCCCUGCCUGCCCGGCCAGCGCCGCGCUCCCCGGCAGCAUGAACCGCAUCGGCUCCGGUACCGUGGGCAGCGCCACCGCCGCCUCCGCCGCCGGCCAGUACCGGGUGUGCCGCAAUUGCCGGAAGGUGCCGAGACAGGAAAAAAGAGUGCAAGUAUCCCCACCAUUGACAAGAGGACCAAGUGCCUUUAUACCAGAGAACGAAGUUAUGCAAGCAAAUGGUUUGGAUGAACGUACUAAUCUUCUUGUGGAAGAGUACUCUACAUCUGGUCGCCUGGACAACAUCACGCAGGUCAUGAGUAUCCACACCCAGUACCUGGAGUCUUUCCUCCGCAGCCAGUUCUACAUGUUGCGCAUGGAUGGGCCCCUUCCUUUGCCCUACAGGCACUACAUUGCUAUCAUGGCUGCAGCCAGACAUCAGUGUUCCUACCUAAUAAAUAUGCAUGUUGAUGAAUUCUUGAAGACUGGUGGGAUUGCAGAGUGGCUGAAUGGUUUGGAAUACAUUCCCCAAAGACUGAAAAAUCUGAACGAAAUCAACAAACUCCUUGCACACCGGCCCUGGCUAAUCACAAAAGAGCACAUUCAGAAACUUGUCAAGACUGGGGAAAAUAAUUGGUCUCUUCCUGAACUGGUGCAUGCUGUUGUCCUGUUGGCACAUUAUCAUGCCUUGGCAAGUUUUGUAUUUGGUAGUGGCAUUAAUCCAGAGAGAGAUCCGGAUACAUCCAAUGGAGUCAGACUUAUAGCAGUCAACAACUUCUGUGUCUGUGAUCUUGCCAAUGACAACAACAUAGAAAAUGCAUCCCUCACAAGUAGCAACUUUGGGAUUGCAGAUUCUUUAAGUGAGCUGGAGGCCUUAAUGGAAAGGAUGAAGAGGCUACAAGAAGAUAAAGAGGACGAAGAAGCCUCUCAGGAAGAAAUGGCAACUCGCUUUGAAAAGGAGAAGAAGGAGAGUCUGCUAGUAAUUAGUGGAGCAUUUGAUGAUGAAAUAGUUUCUACAGAUGUCUCCCGCUAUAUCGAAGAUCCUGGGUUUGGGUACAAAGACUUUGCAAGGCGAGGAGAAGACCAUCUGCCAACAUUCAGAGCUCAGGACUAUACUUGGGAAAAUCAUGGCUUUUCCCUGGUAAACAGGCUUUAUUCCGACAUUGGGCAUCUCCUUGAUGAGAAGUUCCGGAUGGUGUAUAACCUCACAUAUAACACUAUGGCAACACAUGAAGAUGUUGAUACAACUACGCUAAGAAGAGCUUUAUUUAACUAUGUCCACUGUAUGUAUGGAAUCAGGUAUGAUGACUAUGAUUAUGGAGAAGUGAAUCAGUUACUUGAACGCAGCCUGAAGGUUUACAUAAAGACAGUGACCUGCUACCCAGAGAGAACUACCAAGCGCAUGUAUGACAGUUACUGGCGCCAGUUCAAGCACUCGGAGAAGGUUCAUGUCAAUCUACUUCUAAUGGAAGCUCGUAUGCAGGCUGAACUUCUCUAUGCCCUUCGUGCCAUAACUCGCCACUUGACCUGAAGCGUUCGCGGGGCUGGAGCAAAGGAGAUUUUACCGAGUAUGUAAAGACCUUUUGAAAUAGAUACACACCAGAAGCUGUUUGUGAUGUAGCAUCAGGUUAUUCAAUUCUCUAGUGUCAAAAGUUUAGCCGUGCUUCCUGACGGCUGUAAUGUGCAAUGAUGUGUUUUAUUUUCUUGAUGCUUAACAUUACUAAUGAUAACAAAAGUAACACUGAGGAGCACGACUCUGCAUUGGUUCCAGCUGGAUUUUCUGCGCAGUCGUCAGGUUCCUGAAACUGUUUUUAUUAUAUCCAAUCCUAGCGCUUUGUUCUUUAAGCACCAGAGUGAAGUGCUUAGAGACUUCUUUUUCCAAGCAAUCAUUUUUCAGAUUAGUGGAGUCCAGCAGAAGGUGGGUUCUGCCUGUCCUGAGAACGUACCACCACGUCGUGACUCGUGACAGAGACGCGCGGGCUGCGUUGCAUUGAAUUGCCCACUGGAUUCUUCUGUGUCUCCUGGAGACUGCUUGCCAGUCCCUGUCUUACUACAGCAAUUGAAGGUGAUGCGAGAUGUGGAUGCAAACAUUGAGCACACUUUAAUGUGAAAUUAAUCAUGAUGAAUCCUACAGCAUGCUACUGAAGUGAGAAAUUCAUCUGCUUUGUCGUGCCCCUUCCCAAGAGAAGAGGCCUCAUGAUUUGCCAUUUCAGCCACACUUACUGUGUUUCAGUCAUGCAUAAUCUUGUUUUACUGACAGUCACCCUCAGUUGUCCUUACAAUAUCCAUGCUCAUCACAUCAAUUUGUUUCUUUGGCACCUAUGAAGUUAAUACACAGGCUGACCAAAAAUAGGGUUGUGGGGUUUUGUGCACUCUCUUCUUUCUCGAUGUUUUAACUAAGGAAAGUAAAGGAAGGCUAGCAUAUCUGUUCUUUCAUAUUGAACAUAUAGAAAUUUAUUUCCCGUAACUUUUUCAUAGCAUGAAAUCUUAAUAUUCAAAGUUUCAAAAGUUUCUAUGCAUUAGUGUGAGUGAACAAAAGAAAAGUGCAAUAUUUAAAAAGAAGGCAAGCUUUUUUCCCUGUCAUGCCACUGCUAAAGUGUCCUUCUUAUAUAGCCAUAAAGAAAUUUUAAAACCAAAUUUCUUUAUUGUCUAAGGCCUAGCAGUUUUGUUUUAGCUUUUAUGGCUUAAGACAACCUGAUAUUGAGAUGCCAAAGCAUCCCCAAAACAAAGCAUUCUUGGACAACCGGUAACAUUGGGGAAGGGAAGAAAUAAGCUGCCAAAAAUGUCACACUUUUGUGCUGUUUUCUGUUGCUUUGGACUAAUUUUUAAGAGCACAAAAUGUUGAUAUUUAUAGCUUUAUUUUGUAUUGCAUUUAAUGAACCAGUGAAGUGCCUAAAGAGAUGCUUAAACUUACCCAGUAGGAUGCAAGUUGUCACUGCUUCAACUGUUGUCUCUUAGUUUGGACUUUCCAUAUUUCUUUGAGGAGGGUGACCUUUAUUUCUGUUGCAUACAUUGAAAACUCACCAGAGAGUUGGGGUUUUUUAAUGUUCCAUUGGAUUGUAGAAGUUAAUACAGGAUUCUUUUUCCAUUGGUGAUUGCAGAAUAGCUUAAAAGAUACUAUUUUAAGACUCUUCAUUGACAAAAUCAUGGACCAGUAUGCUACUAAAGUUAGUUUUCUCUUUUCUUCCUUCUUCCUGACACCUUGGUGUGACUUCACACGUUGUUUUUUUCGCUUUAUCUAUCUGUUCCAGAUUGGAAAGCUAAAUGAUUGUACAUUUUUCUGCACUUUCAGACUGCAGACUCUGCAUGUGAAAACUUUUUGAGGAAGAAAUCAGUAAUUAUUUUAUUUUCAUGUAACGUUGGCUAUUUAGAAAACUACCCAAUAGACAGCAUCAGAGCCUCUUCUGGAGAGAACAUUGGGUAAAACAUCAGAUUUAUUUAUCUUGUAUAGCUAACAGCACAGAUUUCUCAGAAGGUUUGAGAUGCUCAUAUGUAUGAACUUAGAUUAAUUUUCUAAGUUGUUAUGAUAUUUUUUCCUCCCUCUUGUGACUGUAGUGGCCAUACCUAAUGGCUUUCGUGCUUAAAACAGUUCUGCUGAGAUAAGCUUUCAUGCAAUACUUCUGAUUUUUUCAAGUGAUGGGAACUGUACAGUACUACUUUAAAUUCUUGUGCUUUGAAAAGUCAAGUAGUUCUCAAGAAGCAAAGUUGAGCUCUGGACAGGAGGUGAAACUAGAUUUGGGUAACUAAUAUGAUGGCUUAGUUUCCCUUCAGAAAUGCAAAUACUCUUAAAGUGGGUUGAGUUUUAUGUUUGGAAACAUGAGUGCCUUUACUUCUUUUCUUACGAAAUAUACUUGCCAGCUCAAAUGCCUUCUGAGCGGAGUACAUGAGCAGAUUUGAAAUACAGAAACCAUCAAUGGAUUGCUUCAUAAAAUUGGUAGUAAACCAGUGAUUUCUUUUUUUUUUUUUUUUAAGGUGCCAUAUGAAGUUACAUAUGGCCUGCAAGACAUUUCACCGUAAGAAAUGUCACUGUACAAUUAGUUUGCUAUUUCUCUUUCUUUUUUUUUAAUAUUAAAUGCAAACUUGAAACUUCUGGAAAUGUUUUCCACGUGGCAUUUUUUUUUCAAAGUAUUGCAUUUGCUGUGUAACAAUUUAUAGCCUCGGUUUUUUACUCAAAUUUAUGAUUUUGAAUAGAUAUUUGUCCAGAAGAGGUGUUUAAAGUCAGACAACUCUGCCAUACACUUUAUGCACGCUUUAGGCUCACACUGUGCCAAAUUUUAAUGUGCAAGUAUUCUUGAAUUUUUUGCAUUUUUAAAGCACUCAUGAAUGUGAAUCUUCAUGCUUUGUUCAUUAAAACUAUUAAGAAUACCAUAAUUGUUGGAAGUGUAGAUACUAUCCCUCUAUGUUCCUUUACUGGAAUUGAUAUUUACCAGCGUUAAUGCUAGUCCACAAAAUCCCAGCCAUGAGCAACAUGAAAACAAAGUGUACAGUCUCCUGUCUGCUGAAGAGAAAGAUUGGUAGAUACAAAUUAGCCAGCCAGCACAGGGAAUGCUGUAAGUAGGGAAAAGAGCUUUUGAGCAUGGACAGCUUCUCAUCGUUGCAGAAUUGCUUCAAAGCGUGUGUUGUGAUAGUGGAAAUUCUUGAUGAAAUUGCUCUUUCUUUAUUUUUUAUAAUGAAGAGAAGUAAAAAAGGUGCUGACUGGAGAAAGCAUUUGUGAUUCCCAGAACACUCUGCCUGCAGCUGAACAUCACCAGAGUGCUAUCUUAAAGGAACAGAAAUUAUUUUAAACUAGGGUACAGUUUGUGCAGAUAGCUACUAAAGCUACUGGUGUGGUAUCCUGUGAGAAUUUUGAUGAUCUGCAGAGGGACUUGUUUUCAUCAAGACUGAACUGAAACAUAUGUUCUUUGUCCCAAAUACUUCAAAAGGAUGUAUUUUCAGCUUCAGGAGUUAAAGAAUUGCCACUAUCAGCUCUUCCUGUGUAUUACAAAAAGUUUAAGCACAGAAAAAUCAGUGAUUGUAAAAAUUAUAAAUGAAAGUUUCUAUAAAUUUAGAACAGAUCAGAAAAGAGCAAAAAGGAAAACACUUUGUUUCUCUGUAACUUCAGUGCAAAAGGUUAAAGCAUCAGUUAUUCUUCAAAAGUAUUUUUGUUCAUAGUGAUGUUGAUAGAUAUUUUCAUGGGGUUUGGAAAAAGCAGCUAGUUUCCUAAAUUUCAGUGGGAAUUUAAGCACCUAGGCACUCAGCAAAAUCCUGCAAGGUGCAUUUUUUAGUCCAAUUUUUAAACAUACUUAGUCACCUAAAUUCAAUAGAAAACAAUUGGUUUCCAUAGAGAUUAAAGGAACAGAUCCAUGUGAUUUGCAGCGAUUGUUAAUGAAAUGGGUUGUUUUGGGGACUUAGUAGAGGCUUAGAGAAAUCUUUCCCAAAGCAGUUAAACUGUAAGCUGCUGCUCUUGCAGAACAGGUUCUCAAUGUUUCUCAUGCAUGUGUGUUUUCCAUGAACAUAGGCAUGCAUUUCAGGCUCGUGUUCCAGAGUUUGGAAUCCCUUUUAGAAGAGCUGGAUUAUUUAAACUCUGCUUGCAGACAAGAUUUAUUUGUGGUAGCAAGUGGAGAGCUUGUGUUUGGACUAAAAAGUUUUGACCCAAAAGAAAUACUCCAUAUCUUCUUGAUUUCAAGUUAUGUACUUUCAGUUACUUUCCUUAGAGGCUUGGAUCCUUCUCCCAUAAAUAAGGGGUGAUGUUGCACAAAAUGGAGAGAGAGGGGAGUGAGUUCAUUGCAAAUUAACUUUCCCAGGCUGAUCUGAACAUAAAACUGUAAGAGUUGGUUUGCCAUUAGCAAUAACUCCAAGAGCUGGACAAAAAUGUCAGUUUUCACUAUCUGAACUCCGGAUUUUUUCUCCCUGAUGUCCCCCAGCACUACAUUUGUCCGAAGAGAUGCAUCCACCAGCUUUUCCACAUUUGGGAAUUGUAAAUGAAAAUUUUUAUAUCCAAGUGAAAGUGAAUUUAGCAUUUCAUACCUGCUGCAUAGAUGACAGGUGUGGAAGAUGGAGAGAGCACAGUAGUAUGAGGAAAUUUAGAAGCAUCUUGAUCAGUGUUAUUUUAUCCUUUAGAGCACAUUUCCUGGCAUGAGGUCAUGCUGCUGCUCCUCCAAGACACAUCAGGUCUCUCUUGCAGACAUUUAAUCCUCCUGCUGCUCACCAGGAGCAAAAUUGUCAUUUUCCAACCUGCCACCACCACCACCCUACAUUCAAGUGCUUCCUGUCUUCCCAACUCACAACCCCUAGCAGUCAUGUAGGGACAACCUCCUUAGCCUUAACCUUGUACACCCAUGCUAGGUUCCUGUUUCACCAUUUGCUGUUAGUUCAGAGGGUCUUUCUCAUGGUCAGAAACACUUAAUUGCUGUAAUAGUUUAUUUCUGGACAGAAAAAUUCUAAAUUCUGGUUUGAAAGGAUGACACUCAGUACUUGCUUACAACUUGUAGGUAGCAUUUGCCAGUAGCAUAUCAGAUCCCAUCUCUGGAGGUACAGUAAUAAUCCAGUGGAUCCACUAAGGAAAUGCUUUCUGUGGCAAAACUCCCCAUGUCUGAGCUGCUCAGCUGUAUAGGUCUCUUAGAGGGACAUCUAAUGGGAAAUUUGAGGUCUUCUUGUGCCAGGCUUACAGAACCAUUGGAUUGGCAACUUCUCGGGUGCCUUGCAGCCAGACAGACCAUGGCUGGCAUCUGGAACAAGUGGAUUUGGGUUUUUUUGUUAUAUAUGAGAUAAGCAAAUGCAUCCCAUGGAGUGGCUGCUGGAGAUGUAGGCAGGCUUGAGUGUUCCUGCAGGUACUGAGUAUCAUCAGGGCUUAUGGAGAAUAGAAAUCUGAAUUCUGCUCUUGUUCCCUACAGUAGUUAGAGAUGGUAUUGAAGAUGCCAAUUAAUAUACUAAUUGUGGGGAGCAAGCCAUGCUGUCUGUCAACAUUAGAAGGUGUAGACCACAGGUGUUCCUAAGGGGACACAAACAGUGUGGAAGAAGUUGACAUGUUGGUUAGUUGAGGGAACUUCACCAGUGUGUCUGAGAGAUCUUUGAGUAUGUCUGUGCAUAGGGAGAUGGUGGAAGAUGCCUCUUUCCCAGGUGUCCAGAGGGCUUCUGUUGGACAAGAACUGAGACCCUUUUCUUACUCUACAGAUGGAGCAGGGGAAGGGAACCAUUUACUUCUGCCUGAGAAAAACAUGCUGCUGUUGAAUUCCAUUUUCUUGCCCCCAUCAGCCCUAUGAAGGGAGCUUUCAGACAAAAUAGGUGAAUCACCAAGCAUCAUGUCUCCAGCUGAGGGGUCUGGGCAGCAGCAACAGCAGCAGGUCCAGACACGCAGGGUCCAAAACUGUUUCUCAUUGCCCACUUCAUGCUCAUGUCGUGCCACCAGACCCAAGCCUCUUCCCUCCAGCCCAGCUGCCAUGUACCCAGGUGGCUGCAGGAGCAGCUCGCUUGGGGUGGUGGGAGAUGCAGCUUUUAGGGGAAAAAUGAUAAUAAUUAGGGUACAGCCCUUGGACUCGGCAAGGCGAUGCAGUCAGAAAUAUUUUCAUGACUGUGACCGGAACUGGAUAUAAACUGUAGCUUAAAAAAACAGGAAUUUUGUAAACUUGAAACCUCUCGGUUUUACCCUUUUCUCCUUUUGCUGGAAAGCCACACGAUGAAUGUAUAUGCUUUAUCUUUCUAUCCGGUAUAACUGAAAAUCAGACUACCAGCUCCUUGUUUUGUAUUAGCCUCUUUUUUUUUUUUUCUUUCACCCUAAAGAAAAAAAUUUGUGAGCAAUAUAUGUAGCAUGCUGUGAACGUCUGUUUUGAUCUUUAUAGUUACUCUUUAAUCCAUCAGUAUUAACACCAGUUCUUUCUUGUGUUCCCCCUGGUACUUCAUAUGCAGUGUAAGCAGAAGCUGUGAUCGGCUUUGCAGUCCUGUGCUGUGUUACUGUAACUCCUUGAUUUUUUUUUAGGAAGCACCUGACUGUGGGCCACCCUGGGGCAGGCAGCGUGCCCAUACACGACUGCCACUUUUCAGUCUCUUGUACUAUGUAUAGUUUUAAGUAGAAUAAGCUUUUUAACAGAAUAUUGAUGCGGUUUCUGAGUCACGCAGGCUGCAAGUGUCUGGUGUGUGAGAGUCUUUGUAUUUAUAGUUGUUGGGGUUUGGUUUUAUUUUUUUUUUGUUUUGUUUUGUUGUUGGUUUGUGUUUUGUUUUUUUUAAAUUCAUAAAGUAGCAAACUUGAUAAACAUAGCCACUUUAAACUGCUCUUGCUAAACAGACCCUGCUGUAGAUAAAAUACCACUGUAGACACGGAGAGGCCCACGGGCACGCCUCGCUCGAUGCUGGGUGAGCUGAGCCCCUCUCUGCAGGAAGCACGGGCCAAGUUGCACGGCUGCCCUGCUUUGGGCCACGUUUGGACCUGAAGAUCAGGGAGGUUGGGGUCAGGCGUGUGUUUCAGCUCCCCCUGCCCAUAAGCCUGAUGCUGGUUGCCCCCCAUGGUCCCAUCACCAGUGCCCAGGAGAAUGUGAGCCAUGCUGGUGUGGGACGGAUGGACAGACCAGCCACUGGGCACAGUGUUUCUGCAGCGGAGAAGCUUCCAAGCCUCUCCUGAGUGCAAAAAUUAGCCCUUGGUUUGCUGUCUGCAGAGCCUGGCGUGUCGGGGGUGAGAAGUGGCGUUAGCUCCCUCUGGGCAGCUGUGGGUCUGAGCCCCCUUGCCCGCAGGCUGGGGGGCAGGCAGGGCAGAGCAGGGCAGUGCCCAGGGGUUGGUGUUUCAUUGCAUCUCCCACCUCUCACCCUCUGGACAGGGGGUAAAUUGUACCCAGCCCAGCAGCUGUCAGUUUCUUCUCAGCCACGCAGGUGUUUUGGGAAUAAGGACAAAGCUCUGAUCCUGCUGCUCCGUCCCGUCACCAUGGAGUGGGGAAGCUCUUUGGGUCCUACAGCAUCCCACGGGGAGGUGGCACAUUCAUCACCUGUCCUGCCUCCUGGGCCACCACCUGCCCUGAGCUCCAGAGAUGUGCCACAGCCUCUGUGCUCUCUGUGCUUUUGCAGGAGGUUUGCCUGCAAGGUGAGGCAGCUGCUAGGAGCUCACUGUGGGUUUCCACAGCAGCUUUCUUCAUUUAAUUUUUUCUAUGGUUGCUGGUUGGGAUUUUUUUUGUUCUUUUUUUUUUUUUUUUUUUUGCAGAGCAACAGACUGACCUAGUGGGAUGGAUUAUUUUUUUGUGUGUGACUUUUGUUAGUUUUUAAGUUACCCGACUUGAAUUCAUCUGAACAGAUGCAGAAGGAACUUCUUUUUUUCUUUUUUUUUUCUUUUUUUUGUGAGUUAAGAGACAAAAAUGCAUUUUUAAACAAAGGAAUCAUGUAUUAACAUUUUAACAGCAAUUCAUAAAUCUGCACUUUUUAUGAGGUUUUGAAAAAUCUAUUUAUAGGUACGGAACAAUGGGGUUUGUUUAAAACUGUAUCGCAUUUAUACUUGCUGAAAUUACUUUCAUUGUUAUCAGUAGGAAUUUCAUUGGUUAAAUAAAAUGGAUAAAACCUG